CACAAACGCUAGAAGAGAUAGAGAGGAGAUGAUCGAACCCUCAAAGUUGCGAACUCUACACUGAAUUUACAGACCCAUCCAUGGCUUCUCUCUCCAGCUUCUUCUCCUUCCUCUUACCUUCAAAACCACCGCCCCCAAAGCCCCUUCAGCCCCUCAUUGCCUCUCCUUCUCCGGCGAAUCAGGCGGCUGCUCAAUUUCAGACGCUCAAAUCCAGAGAUGGAUCGGUUGCUCUAAGCCCCCAACAGGCUCCGAAACAUUCCGAGCCCUUAUCGGCGGAAUUAGCCUCCGUUAUCUGCCCCUCACUGGCCUUUGCUAAUACUAUGUUCUUCAGAUCGGCUUAUAAUGUGCAGGUGAUUGUAGAUGAUAAUGAGCCGGAGGAGCGGCUUCUGAAUAGAUUCCGGCGAGAGGUUAUGAGAGCCGGCGUGAUUCAGGAGUGUAAGAGACGGAAAUUCUUUGAAAAUCCUCAUGAUAUUAAGAAGCGCAAGUCUCGCGAGGCUGCUAAACGUAACCGCCGGAGGCGGCCACAGCAAAGAUUUACACCACAAGACAAGCAGGAUGUGCCUGCAACCAAACAGGAAGCUGAUGAUGACAACUGGGAUUUACCUGAAGAAGGCAUUCCUUAUUAACCCCAAUCCAAUCCAAUACAAUCCAAAACUUCAGCCUCACCACAAUGUUUUAAUGUUUUCUGCUCAUCUUUUGAAUUUGGGAAGCUGUUUGUACUCUGUAAUCUAAGUUGUUUUCUAUGUAAUAUCAUCUUUAGUUGACAAGUUUCUUGCAAUAUAAUAAGUAGAUGUAAUUCAUUGUGUUUCGAUCAAAUAAUCAUUUCUUGACUCGUAA